AUGGCACCUAAUAAAGAAUGGAUGCAACUUUUUGAUGAUCGACUUGAUAAUGCUUAUGUGCUUGGGGUGGAGAAAAUUUUGAAUUAUUCUUUUACAAAGUUAGGAGAAAAACAAAAAAUACGUUGUCCAUGUAUGAAAUGUUGUAAUGCAUCUUCAAGAACUCGUGAGAUGGUUAGGUCACAUUUAUUGGUACAUGGAAUUGUCCGAAGUUAUACUUUUUGGUAUCAUCAUGGGGAGAGGUUACAUGAACCAGAGUCAGAUUCUGAAUUUGUAGACAAUAAUGACAUUGAAAGGGAUGAUGAGGAGGAUGAAAUACAUGAGAUUUUAGGGGAUUUAUAUCCUAAUUUGAAUGAAGUCAUUAUGAACAUAGAUGGUGAUGAUUUUAUUGAGGAAGCAAAACAAUUUUAUAGUCAUUUAAAAGAUUUUGAGCAACCAAUCUAUGAAGGUUCCAAAGAUUCUAAACUUUCUACUUUGGUCAAAUUACUUCAUAUAAAAAGUAUUGGUAAAUGGAGUAAUGCGUCAUUUACAAUGUUGUUGAAGAUGUUGAAGGAAGAUGGAUCAAAUUUGCCAACUUCAUAUUACAAUGCAAAAAAGAUAAUUUGGGAGCUUGGAUUUUCUUACCAGAAAAUUGAUGCAUGUAAGAAUAAUUGCACGUUGUAUUGGAAGGAUGAUGCGCUUCUUGAAUCUUGCAAAGUAUGUGGAACAUCUAGAUGGAAGGAGGAUAAACGUAAUAGGGAAACAAAAUUUAAGCAUGGGAAAAAGAUACCAUGCAAGAUUUUGCGUUAUUUUCCUCUAAAGCCAAGACUUGGAAGACUGUUUAUGUCUUCAAAAACAUCUUCUUUGAUGAGGUGGCAUCAUGAUGAGAGAAUUAAUGAUGGAAUAAUGAAGCAUCCCGCUGAUUCAGUAGCUUGGAAGACACUGGAUGAACUUCACCCAUCUUUUGCUACUGAACCACGUAAGGUUCUACUUGGACUUGCUAGUGAUGGUUUUCAACCUUUUAAAAGUACAAAAACUCCACAUAGCAUUUGGCCUGUGGUAUUGAUUCCUUAUAACUUACCACCUUGGUUAUGCAUGAAGCAAGAAAAUUUUAUUUUAUCGAUGCUUAUUCUAUGCCCUGAAAGUCCCGGAGAUACAAUUGAUGUUUAUCUCCAACCUUUCAUAGAAGAAUUAAUGGAAUUGUGGGAAACUGGUGUGAAGACCUUUGAUGCAUCAUCUAGACAAAAUUUUAUGUUACAUGCAUCUUUGUUAUGGACCAUUAAUGACUUUCCUGCAUAUGCAAAUUUGUCAGGAUGGAGUACCAAAGGAAAAUUGGCUUGCCCAUGUUGUAAUAAAGAAACUCUUUCAAUUUGGUUGAAAAAUGGGAAUAAACAGUGUUAUAUGCGCCAUAGACGCUUUCUUCCUCGUAAUCACAAAUGGAGGAAUGAUAAAGAUUCUUUUGAUGGCACUAAAGAGCAUAAAUUACCACCAAAAAUGUUAUCUGGUAAUGAUAUACUUGAUCAAGUGGCUGAUUUAGAUGUUAACAUACAAUCAAAGGAUCCAAAGAAAAAGACUAAAAUAUCACAUGGUAAUAGGGUUGAUAAUUGGAAUAAGAAGAGCAUUUUCUUUGAUCUUCCAUAUUGGAAAACUCUAUUGUUGCGACAUAACUUAGAUGUGAUGCACAUUGAGAAAAAUAUAUAUGAUAACCUUUUGGGAACAAUAUUAAAUGUCAAAGGAAAAACCAAAGAUACCAUAAAUUCUCGAUUGGAUUUGGAAGUAAUAGACAUUAAGAAAGAAUUGCAUCCGAUAAAAAAAGGGGAUAAAUAUGAGUUACCAACUGCAUGUUACACAUUAUCUCCUAAAGAGAAGCAUAAAUUUUUCAAUUUCUUGAAGAAUUUGAAGGUCCCAUAUGGAUUUUCAUCCAAUAUAUCUCAGUGUGUCAAUCUUAAAGAUCGCAAACUUUCAGGAUUGAAAAGUCAUGAUUACCACGUUAUUCUGCAACAUCUACUCCCACUUGCAAUACGUGGUAUGCUAUUUAAAUCUGUACUUGAACCACUUAUUGAGUUGUCUAUAUUUUUCAACAUGCUUAGAGCAAAAUGUUUGAGAGUAGAUGAGCUAGAGAAAAUAGAAGCCCAAAUUCCUAUAACUCUAUGCAAGUUAGAAAAGGUCUUCAUUCCUGCAUUUUUUGAUAUCAUGGUUCACCUGCCAAUUCAUUUAGCUAAUGAAGCUAAGAUUGCUGGACCUAUUCAAUAUCGAUGGAUGUAUCUAGUGGAGCGAUGGUUAUACUUCUUAAAGUCUUUUAUUCGUAAUAGGACUCACCCAGAAGGCUCUAUUGCAGAGGGAUAUAUAGAAACUGAAUGUAUGACUUUAUGUUCAAGGUAUUUGCAUAUGGUGGAAACAAGAUUUAAUCGCACUGAGCGGAAUUAUGAUGGCGAUUCUAUUGAAUCUGAUGGAGGUUUAACAAUUUUUUCUCAACCUGGAAAAACUUCAAAGUGUGCCACACCAGAAAGUCUUGAAUCAGACGAAUUUGAGCAGCCACACUUUUAUAUUCUAAAGAAUUGUGAUGAAAUUCAACCAUUUCUUGAAGAAUUUUCACAAGUUCCAUUUGAUACCUCUAAGAAUGAUUCAGAGAUCGAAUGGAAUAGUCAAUUCAUUAGUUGGUUACAGAUUAAGGUUGCAAAAUUGUGCAAACAUGAUGAUAGUAAGCAAAUAGAAGAUUUGUUCUCACUAUCACGUGGUCCUCUGCAUAUGGUGAUUGUAGUUGGUGAGACUGAUGAAGAGAAUAAAACUAUUGAUUACUAUGGAGAGUUAACUGAAAUUCUUGAAUUACAAUUUGUUGGUGGAAGAAGAGUGAUGUUGUUUCGAUGUGCAUGGUUUGAUGUGUAUGACCAAGAAAGGGGAAUUAAAGUAGAUGAAUAUGGCUUCGUAAGUGUUAACCGAAAACGAUUAUUGAAAGUAAAUGAGCCUUUUGUAUUAGCCAACCAAGCAUCACAAGUAUUUUAUGUUGACGAUCUUUCGAAUAAAGGAUGGCAUGUUGUGCGAAAGGUUCAACCUCGUGAUUCUUUUGAUAUUGGUGAAAACAAUGAUGGUGAUUUAGAUAAUCUGUUAGAAAUCUAG